AUGCUCAAAGCAGCUCGGGACGCUCUGGCUUGUCCUUUCUGCCGCUCUCUUCUAAGGUCUCCAGUUUCUCUUCACUGUGGCCACUCUGUCUGCAAGCUUCACCUCAACUCCCACCGAGACUGUCCUCUCACAGGUUGCACACCUCCUCCCGCUGCAGCACCUCCAAAUCUUCCCCCAGGCUCAACUGUCGAAUUUCAGGCAGAAGAGCAGGAACAGGUCUUAGUCCCCCCUCUCCAUCCAGCAGCACACGAUGUCACCCUUGAGAAGAUUAUAAACUUGGUUGAACGCACAAGGCAACGCCAGUCACUCCGUCAACGCCCCUCGGAUGACGACGACGACGACACACCCCCUCGCAAGCGACACAAGCCAGACACCUCCAGGGAUCCCCGCGACUCGGAUGAUAACGAGCCAGAUCUAGUAGCUCAUCUCAGAACGUCCGCUGCUAUCGCAAAGACCGUCUCUGCCGACCAGCCCCUCAUCACUACCCCCGAGCCCGUGCUUGCUGCAUUUGAACGGGAGCUCACGCAAGAACUGUCAUGCGAUAUCUGUUGCAAUCUAUUUUACAAGCCUGUCACUACUCCCUGUCAACAUGCAAGUCUUCAUAUCGAGCUCCGGACCUUUUGCACUAAAUGUCUUCAUCGCUCCCUGGACCACAGUCAGAAGUGUCCUGUGUGCCGUACAGAACUACCCGGGUUCGCAUACUUCCAGGCCCAUCCACUUAAUUCAGUCGUUUUGCGACUACUACACCUAGAAGCCUUUCGCCCAGUGUAUCAAGCUCGGGGAGAGGCUAUCGAAGAGGAGGAGCGUGCCGCUCGUCUUGAUACUCCCAUUUUUAUUUGCCUCCUCUCUCUGCCAGGGAUACCUGUCGGUAUAAGGGUGUUUGAGCCCCGUUACCGUCUCAUGCUUCGUCGUUGCUUAGAGUCUCCCGUUCCACAAUUCGGAAUGCUCCCUAACAUCUCCGGAACACAGAACAUCUAUGGAACCAUGCUUCAAAUCCAGAGCGUCAAGCUGCUUCCCAACGGAGAGAGUAUAGUGAAAGCUGUUGGUACGAAGCGCUUUCGAGUACUUGAAAGUGGCGUCCUGGACGGGUACAUGGUAGGGCGUAUUGAAUUUAUCGAAGACUUUCCCGACGAUUUGAUCGAUUCGAUUGACACUAUGAACCUUUCCAAGUCGGACGACGAAGGAUCACCAUCGACGUCAACGCCAACACCAUUGCCUCCUGACCCAUCCCCUUCCCGCCAAAGCGAGGAAGAGACGUUCAGGAAUAUGGUUGCUAUCGAAGGCUCAUCAUCGGCGUCUUCAUCUCGCCAUCGACCACCACCUGUGAGACAACGACCUGUGAGGCCCUCGAACGAGGAGCUGGUGGAGAUUUGCCGGACGUUCAUCGAUCGACUGUCACGAGCUGUUCCCAAUACAAAGUCCUCGGCUGAGGCUAUUGCUGGUUGUGCACUGGAUCGAACAGUUGAACAACAACUGGUGGUUCUCUUCCGGUUGUACGAUCUUGUGAGUCUCGUAUUUUUGAAUUGUUUUCUAUUCCCUUUUCUGUGCGUGACCAUGCCUUUUCAAUGGUUCUCCGUCUGAACGCGAGGCUGACCGAGCUUGUUUCUCCAGAUUGGUUCUUCGGAGCCCGCUGUUCGGGCCCCUAGUGCAGGCGCUUUGCAUGGGAC